UUUUUCAUGACAUUCCUCAUCUGAGUAUCCACAGCGUGUAUUCUUUCGUAACAACAAGGUAUGCCAUUUCUCACUAACCUGAAAAUCUAGUCUUUCAACAACACGGUCAAUUGUCACCGUGCAUGCCCUCUUCUUCUCUUCUCUCGCUCUCUUCCUCUCCACUUUUGCUUCCUUCCUCUCCGCAUCCUCGCACCAAAACCCUAAAACCCUUACUCCUUUGUCCCACGAUGAAGGAUCGGCCUCCGUCCUCGUACGGCUCCGUUUACAUCCCUCCCCACCACCGUCUCCGUUCCGUCAUCUCUUCUUCCAACAACAACGCUAGCAAGACGGGACCAGAUUUUUCCACCUCCGCGUCCGCGAUACAGCCCAAACUCAACAACCGUAAAAACGCCUCCGCUUUGAGCGCUAGGGACACUGCUGCUGCUCCUCCUCCUCCUUCGCCUUUCUUGCAACAACCGCAGCAACAGCAACAGCAGAGGACUUAUAAUAGCAAUAAUAGCAGUAAAAAUAGUAAUAAUAAUAAUUGUCAGUAUAAUUCAGCUUAUGAUGACGGGAUUUCUGAGGAUGGCUCUGAUCGGGAGCUCAAUUUGUCAUUGCAAUCGGGUACUUUCAGUUAUGCUAACAUUGAUGAGUGGAAGCGGAAUCUAGCCAUACUUUUACGUAAUGACGAGAAACAGGAGUUGGUCUCGAGGGAGAAGAAGGACAGACGAGACUUUGAGCAAAUAGCAGCUUUGGCAAGCAGAAUGGGUUUGUAUAGCCAUCUUUAUUCCAAAGUUGCUGUCUUCAGUAAGGUCCCCCUGCCUAACUACAGAUUUGACCUGGAUGAUAAGUGUCCACAGAGGGAGGUGAACUUAAAUUUUGGUUUGUUGAAGAGAGUUGAUGCCCAUCUUGGAGAGUACCUUUUUCAAAAAUCUAGGACUAAGGAAAGCUUUUCGGACAAUUGUUUCUCUAGAUCAAGCAGUAAUAGCAGUAUAGUUACUGAUGAAGGACUUUUUGAGCAGCCCGAGCCCUUGGCAUUCAGCUCAGCUGUCAUGGAGAAAAUUCUUUGGCGGAGAGGUUUGCAGCUUCGUGAUCAGCAACAAGCGUGGCAGGAGUCUCUUGAGGGGACAAGAAUGCUAGAAUUUCGUCAAAGUCUUCCUGCUUACAAAGAGAAGGAUGCGAUAUUGUCAGUCAUUUUGCAGAACCAGGUUGUUAUCAUCUCAGGUGAAACUGGGUGUGGCAAGACGACACAAAUUCCCCAAUUUAUUUUAGAAUCUGAAAUAGAUUCUGUUCGUGGAGCUGUUUGUAGCAUUAUAUGUACACAACCCAGGCGAAUAUCUGCUAUAUCUGUUUCAGAAAGAGUUGCUUCAGAGAGAGGAGAGAAAUUGGGUGAAUCUGUUGGAUAUAAAGUACGGCUUGAGGGUAUGAAAGGGAGGGAUACCCGCCUUCUCUUUUGCACCACAGGCAUUUUGUUGAGAAGGCUGCUUGUUGAUAGAAAUUUAAAAGGUGUAACGCACGUCAUUGUGGAUGAGAUUCAUGAACGUGGGAUGAAUGAAGAUUUCCUGCUCAUUGUCCUUAAAGAUCUCCUACCCCGCCGCCCGGAAUUAAGGCUGAUUUUGAUGAGCGCAACUCUAGAUGCUGAGCUUUUCUCAUCAUAUUUUGGUGGGGCUCCUUUAAUCCACAUUCCUGGUUUUACGUACCCAGUUCAAGCACAUUUUUUGGAGAAUAUUUUGGAGAUGACAGAUUACAGGUUAACUCCAUAUAAUCAAAUUGAUGAUUACGGUCAAGAAAGGAUGUGGAAAAUGAGCAAGCAAGCACCAAGAAAGAGGAAGAGUCAAAUUGCCUCCACUGUUGAGGAUGCACUCCGGGCUGCGGAUUUUAAGGAUUUUAGGCCUCAGACUCGGGAGUCUUUGUCAUGUUGGAAUCCUGAUUGCAUUGGUUUUAAUCUCAUAGAAUAUCUUUUAUCCUACAUCUGUGAGAAUGAAAGGCCUGGUGCUGUUCUAGUUUUUAUGACCGGGUGGGAUGACAUAAGUUCUAUGAAGGAUAAGCUGCUAGCUCAUCCUAUCCUUGGAGAUCCUAGCCGAGUUUUGUUGCUUACUUGCCAUGGUUCUAUGGCCAGUUCUGAGCAGAAGUUAAUUUUUCAAGAGCCUGAAGAGGAAGUGAGAAAAAUCGUGUUAACUACUAAUAUUGCUGAGACAAGCAUCACCAUUAAUGAUGUUGUUUUUGUUCUUGAUUGUGGAAAAGCAAAAGAGACAUCCUACGAUGCACUGAAUAACACUCCUUGUUUGCUACCAUCAUGGAUUUCCAAGGUUUCUGCUCAACAAAGAAGAGGAAGAGCCGGCCGAGUUCAACCCGGAGAAUGUUACCAUCUCUAUCCUCGAUGCGUAUAUGAUGCCUUCAGUGAAUAUCAAUUACCUGAAAUUUUGAGAACACCUUUGCAGUCUCUUUGUCUGCAAAUCAAAAGUUUGAAGCUGGGAAGUAUAUCUGAAUUCCUAUCAAGGGCGUUGCAGUCACCAGAGUUACUAGCGGUUCAAAAUGCCAUUGAAUAUUUAAAAAUCAUUGGUGCUUUGGAUGAGAAUGAAAAUCUGACUGUGUUGGGGCAUUAUUUGACUAUGCUUCCAAUGGAGCCAAAACUUGGGAAGAUGCUAAUACUAGGUGCUAUUCUUAAUUGCCUGGAUCCUGUCUUAACUAUCGUUGCUGGUCUUAGUGUUCGAGAUCCAUUUUUGACACCAUUGGACAAGAAAGAUCUUGCAGAUGCUGCAAAAUUGCAGUUUUCCCGUGAUUACAGUGACCACCUUGCCCUUGUUCGUGCCUAUGAGGGCUGGAAAGAAGCUGAGAAAGACCUUGCUGGAUAUGAUUACUGCUGGAAAAAUUUUCUUUCUGCACAAUCAAUGAAGGCUAUUGAGUCUCUUCAGAAGGAGUUCCUUUCUUUGCUCAAGGAUACUGGUCUUUUUGAUGGCAAUGCAACUAACUAUAAUGCAUGGAGCUAUGAUCAGCAGCUCAUCCGAGCAAUUAUUUGUUAUGGACUGUAUCCUGGAAUUUGCUCUGUUGUGCACAAUGAGAAAUCAUUUUCACUAAAAACUAUGGAGGAUGGACCGGUGCUUCUAUACUCAAACUCUGUUAAUGCUCGGGAAUCUAGAAUUCCAUAUCCUUGGCUUGUUUUCAAUGAGAAGAUAAAAGUGAACUCUGUUUUCCUGCGGGAUUCAACAGCUGUCUCUGAUUCAGUGCUUCUCCUGUUUGGUGGGAGCAUCUCAAGAGGAGAUGUUGAUGGACACUUGAAGAUGUUGGGCGGAUAUUUGGAAUUUUUCAUGCAACCUGCUAUAGCAGAAAAAUAUCAAACCAUAAGGAGAGAAUUUGAUAAGCUGAUUCAAAAUAAAUUACUGAAUCCCCAAAUGGUCCUACAUUUCCAUCACGAGCUUAUUUCUGCUGUACGGUUGCUGGUUUCUGAGGAUCAGUGUGAUGGAAGAUUUGUAUUUGGCCGUCAGGUCCAUAAACCAACAAAAAUGCCUGUUAUGCCACAACAGCCUACUUUGGUCUCAAGGACAGAGAGUGGACCCGGGGGUGAUAAUUCUAAAAGUCAGCUCCAAACACUGCUCACUAGAGCAGGAUAUGCUGCGCCAACCUAUAAGACAAAGCAAUUGAAAAACAAUCAGUUCCGAGCCACUGUAGAGUUCAAUGGUAUGCAAAUCAUGGGACAGCCUUGCAACAACAAGAAGAGUGCAGAAAAAGAUGCAGCAGCUGAGGCUCUGCAGUGGCUGAUGGGUGGUACCCAGACAGGCCAUGAAUAUAUCAAUCACAUGUCGAUGUUGCUGAAGAAAAGCAAGAGGGAUCACUGAACUACCAUGGCGCAAGUCUCCUAUCGAGGGCUUUGUGAGGAACAAUGAUCCCUACAAAUGAGGUGUAACCUUAUUAUUCUUGUGUCAUGGUUAGAUUGUCCCUUUUCCAAGGAAAAUGAAGAAACUGGGUUGCUGCAUGGAAAGCCAUAAGUUAGACCAUGUCACUGCCAUCUUGUAGUUUUACUAACAAAGCAGAAUCUGAUGGAGUAUUUGGUUUUCGCUUCUCGGUAAGUAGUUUGUCACUGCUUGUGGCCUGGAGACAGCUAACUGACAAAGGCUAAGUGGAUUAGAAUUUACCCAUGUUGCACACUUGAUGGUGUUGAUCUUGGAUUGAGACAGUUGAUCAGGGACAACAAAACUUACAAAUACCUUUCUUGGUUAGAAAGUGUGCAUAUGCAAAGUGUGGGGGAAGUUAGUUGAUAUCUUGCAGUAUCGUAUGCUUAUAAUCAUUUUUUGUCAAAAUUAAUAUCUGUAUAUAACUUGAUAAAACAGUGUUGCUAGGUUUGUAAUUCGUGAGAAUUACUCUUCUCAGCAUUAUUGAUUCACUCUUCCUUGUAAGAGACACUAGAUUUAUUUAUUUCCAUCUUGAGCCAAUGGGGGACGUUCUUUCUUCAUCCACGUUUUAUAAUGGAAAAGAGAGAGAUUCAUUUUGGUCUGGUC